CCUCCCCUUUUUUUCCGCCUGCUGCCAGCAGAAGCGGCGGCCGCAGCACCUGAGCCACUACUCGCCUCACUCAGGACAACGCUAUGGCUGAGCCGGGGCACAGCUACCAGCCCUGUGCCAGGGGCAGGGGGAGGAAGGAGAGGCACACAUUCCGGCUUCUGCGGCUGCUGCUUUGGGCUGGGACCGCCUUCCAGGUGACCCAGGGAACGGGACCGGAGCUUCACGCCUGCAAAGAGUCUGAGUACCACUAUGAGUACACCGCGUGUGACAGCACGGGUUCCAGGUGGAGGGUCGCCGUGCCGCACACCCCAGGCCUGUGCACCAGCCUCCCAGACCCCGUCAAGGGCACCGAGUGCUCCUUCUCUUGCAACGCCGGGGAGUUCCUGGACAUGAAGGACCAGGCCUGCAAGCCGUGCGCGGAGGGCCGCUACUCCCUCGGCACCGGCAUCAGGUUCGACGAGUGGGACGAGCUGCCCCACGGCUUCGCCAGCCUCUCCGCCAACAUGGAGAUCGACGACGGCAUCUCCGAGUCCACCGAGAACUGCACUUCGUCCAAGUGGGUACCCCAGGGUGACUACAUUGCCUCCAACACGGACGAGUGCACAGCCACGCUGAUGUACGCCGUCAACCUGAAGCAGUCCGGCACUGUUAACUUUGAGUACUACUACCCAGACUCCAGCAUCAUCUUUGAGUUUUUCGUUCAGAACGACCAGUGCCAGCCCAGUGCGGAUGACUCCAGGUGGAUGAAAACCACGGAGAAGGGAUGGGAAUUCCACAGUGUCGAGUUAAAUCGAGGCAAUAAUGUCCUCUUUUGGAGAACCACAGCCUUCUCGGUGUGGUCCAAAGUUCCCAAGCCUGUGCUGGUGAGAAACAUCGCCAUAACAGGGGUGGCCUACACUUCCGAAUGCUUCCCCUGCAAACCCGGCACAUAUGCGGCCAAGCAGGGCUCCUCUUCCUGCAAACUUUGCCCUGCCAACACUUAUUCAAAUAAAGGAGAAACUUCUUGCCACCAGUGUGACCCUGACAAAUAUUCAGAAAAAGGAUCGUCCUCCUGCAAAGCGCGUCCAGCCUGCACAGACAAAGAUUAUUUCUACACACACACAGCCUGCGAUGCCAACGGAGAGACGCAGCUCAUGUACAAAUGGGCCAAGCCAAAAAUCUGCGGCGAGGACCUUGAGGGGGCAGUGAAACUACCUGCCUCUGGCAUGAAGACCCGUUGCCCACCCUGCAACCCAGGCUUCUUCAAAACCAACAACAGCACCUGUGAGCCCUGUCCAUACGGCUCCUACUCCAACGGCUCCGAUUGUACCCACUGCCCAGCUGGGACUGAACCUGCCGUGGGAUUUGAAUACAAAUGGUGGAACACUCUGCCCACAAACAUGGAAACGACUGUUCUCAGUGGGAUCAACUUCGAGUACAAGGGCAUGACAGGCUGGGAGGUGGCUGGUGAUUACAUUUAUACAGCUGUUGGAGCCUCAGACAAUGACUUCAUGAUUCUCACUCUGGUUGUGCCAGGAUUUAGACCUCCAGAGUCGGUGAUGGCAGACACAGAGAAUAAAGAGGUGGCCAGAAUCACAUUUGUCUUUGAGACCAUCUGUUCCGUGAACUGUGAGCUCUACUUCAUGGUGGGCAUGAAUUCUAGGACCAACACUCCCGUGGAGACGUGGAAAGGUUCCAAAGGCAAACAGUCCUAUACCUACACCGUGGAGGAGAACGCCACCAUGAGCUUCACCUGGGCCUUCCAGAGGACCACUUUUCACGAGGCAGGCAGGAAGUAUACCAAUGAUGUUGCCAAGAUCUACUCUAUCAACAUCACCAAUGUCAUGGAUGGGGUGGCCUCCUACUGCCGUCCCUGUGCCCUAGAAGCCUCUGAUAUGGGCUCCUCCUGCACCUCUUGUCCUGCUGGUUACUAUAUUGACCGAAAUUCAGGAACCUGCCACUCCUGCCCCCCUAACACAAUCCUGAAAGCCCACCAGCCUUAUGGUGUCCAGGCCUGCGUGCCCUGCGGUCCAGGGACCAAGAGCAACAAGCUCAGGCCUCCCUUCUGCUUUGCUAGCAUGUGCUCCGACGGGACCUGUGAUGGCUGCAACUUCCACUUCCUGUGGGAGAGCGUGGCCGCUUGCCCGCUCUGCUCAGUGGCUGACUACCACGCUAUCGUCAGCAGCUGUGUGGCUGGGAUCCAGAAGACUACUUAUGUGUGGCGAGAGCCAAAGCUAUGCUCCGGUGGCAUCUCUCUGCCUGAGCAGAGAGUCACCAUCUGCAAAACGAUAGAUUUCUGGCUAAAAGUGGGCAUCUCUGCGGGCACCUGUACUGCCAUCCUGCUCACCGUCUUGACCUGCUACUUCUGGAAAAAGAAUCAAAAACUAGAGUACAAGUACUCCAAGCUGGUGAUGAACGCUACCCUCAAGGACUGUGACCUGCCAGCAGCUGACAGUUGUGCCAUCAUGGAAGGCGAGGAUGUAGAAGACGACCUCAUCUUUACUAGCAAGAAGUCACUCUUUGGGAAGAUCAAAUCAUUUACCUCCAAGGUAAGGGGCCUGGCCAGUGCACUGAAGUUAGCAUGAAGGGCUGGAGAAGACACUGCUACCAGGACACUGAGUGGUCCUGCACUGUUCAGGG